UUGUGGGCUUCUCUCUCACCAAGGAUUCAAAUUCUACCUCUUCUUCCCAUUUCUCAAACCAAACCAAGAAUGGGAGACUACUCUUCUUCCAAAGACAUGAAAUACUGUGCCCUACUUUUGCUCCUCUUGAGCUUCAAUGGAGGCACCAUGGGUGAUGGAAAGUUAGGAGCCUCUUUCAUUUUUGGGGAUUCACUAGUGGAUGCAGGAAAUAACAAUUAUCUUUCGACUUUGUCGAAGGCGAAUAUUGCGCCGAAUGGGAUCGAUUUUCAGGCCUUUGGUGGGAGACCCACCGGACGAUACACCAAUGGCCGCACCAUCGGUGACAUCGUCGGAGAGGAACUCGGGCAGUCAAAUUAUGCACUCCCAUUUUUGUCACCAAAUGCUACAGGAAAGGUCAUCUUAAAUGGUGUCAAUUAUGCAUCAGGUGGUGGAGGAAUUAUGAAUGGAACCGGAAGAAUUUUUAUAGGGAGGAUCGGAAUGGAUGUUCAGAUCGACAACUUUAACACGACGAGGCAACAAAUGACGCAGCUACUUGGGGAAUCCGCAGCGAGGGAUUACGUAAGGAAUCGUUCCAUAUUCUCGAUCACCAUCGGCUCUAAUGAUUUCCUGAACAAUUACCUCCUCCCUGUUCUCUCAACUGCUGAGAGGAUCUCUGUUACGCCUGAGGGUUUCAUAGACCAACUCAUCACCAAUCUCCAGGCUCAGCUUAAUAGGCUUUAUAAAUUGGAUGCAAGGAAAUUUGUAAUUGGAAAUGUGGGGCCUAUAGGGUGCAUUCCUUACCAAAAGAGCAUCAAUCAAUUGAAACUCAACCAAUGUGUCUCCUUGCCCAAUAAAUUGGCUGUGCAAUACAAUGCUCGCCUCAAGGACUUGUUGGAUCAAAUGAACCAAAAUAUGCCUGGUGCCAAAUUUCUCUAUGCAAAUGUCUAUGACCUUGUCCUUCAGCUCAUUACCAACUAUGCAGACUUUGGGUUUGAGAGCUCAAGUAGGGCAUGUUGUGGCAAUGGAGGGCAAUUUGCAGGUAUCAUUCCUUGUGGGCCAACUUCUUCCUUAUGUUCAGAUAGAUCCAAAUAUGUGUUUUGGGAUCCAUAUCACCCAAGUGAGGCUGCCAAUCUCAUAAUAGCCAAACAACUUAUUAAUGGUCCAACUAAAUACAUCUCACCCUUGAACCUUCGCCAGCUUAGAGACUUGUAAUCUCUCUCUCUCUCUAAAAUUAUAUUGUGACCAAGUAGAGUCAAUCAUCUAUCUUAGGUCAGAUGUAAUUUAGAUUUUGUUGUUUUUGUGAAUUUGUAUUGAUGGAGCCUGUUCCAUUGUUGUUGGUGUUCAUUUCUAGUUUUUUUUUUUUUUUGAGUGCAAACUUGUGUGUUCAUUUGUAGUUUGUACUAGAGUCUUGUUGAACUAUAUAUAUAA